AACCAGCUAGCUCAAGAACUCGUCACUAACUCAGAUCUUAUUACAUCUUCAUUCACCUCCUAGAAAGUAUACUUUUCAUUUCUCAAUUUCUAAAUCUAAAGACAUCAUAAAUGGUUGAUAUCAAGUCGUUAUCUACUACUUCUUCACCUCCAAUGAGAGAUUCUGUAGUUUCUUGACUUUCUUCCUUGCUCUGUUCGAGACUAUAUGACCAAAGUCAACCUAUACAUACACCAACCAUACAUUAUAUGGAUUAUAUAAAAAAUGGUGGUUCUUUUGGAAACAUAAGCUUCAACUAAACUAUUUCUCUGCUUCCGGGUCGCUUUACCUUCAAGUUUUCCCGCUCUGUGUUCAUAAAACAAAGAUUAGAGUGGAGAGAAAGUAAAAGUUGAAGAUAGAGAGAGAGAGAGAAGCUAUGAACACUAGUGUUCGAGCUGCUCUUUCCUCCAUGAAAGCUCCUUCAAAGCAUGUCACCACUCAAGAAGAGAAGAAGAAGAAGAAGAUGGAGUCUCAAGGCAAUGGAGGUCUAGCUAACUUAGGGAAGUCUCUUGCUAAUAGGCGCCGAGCUAACAGAGAAAAGAAAAUGGAUUUGCUGCAAGAUGUUGAUAAGCUAAAAAGGAAGCUGAGACAUGAGGAGAAUGUCCAUAAAGCAUUGGAGAGAGCUUUCACUAGACCUUUAGGAGCUUUACCUCGUCUUCCUUCUUAUCUCCCUCGACAUACACUGGAGCUUCUCGCUGAAGUAGCUGUUCUUGAAGAGGAAGUAGUUCGGUUAGAAGAGCAAGUUGUAAGCUUCAGACAAGGUCUAUACCAAGAAGCUGUUCACAUUUCUUCCAAGAGGAACCUUGAGAGUCCUAAUAACAACGAGAAUUCUCCUGUUAGAAGCACUAAACACCAGAGAUCUAAAUCCAUGUCACAACAUGAGUUGAAAGCUAUGAUCACUCCUCAGAAAAAGCAUCAACAGUCUCUUAGUCUCAGCAGAAGCAUCUCAAGUAGGAAACUCUUCUCCUCUGAUCAGACAGUUAGUGGCAAACAAGCGUCGCCUAAACCAAAUGUAAGCAGUGUUAAGCCAGUGGAUGUGAGAGGGAAAGAGAAUCAGACCUCUAGUAACGGUUUAAAAGACAAGAAGGAUACAGAAUCACUUGAUAAGAGACUUAAGAAGGUAGAUGAUAGAUUAGCAGACCAAGACAAGGCACAGGAGAGUGUCUCGGAACCGCUGCAAAGUGGAACUGCAGCAAACAGAGUUUCAGAGGAUUUACUGAAAUGCCUAGUGAGUAUUAUCUUGAAGAUUAGCUCGUCCAAGGACAUUGUGUUGGAUCCAUAUAGUAACUGUUCAGAAUGGAGAACAAGAGAACUUGGUGCAUACAAGAGUCUCUGUUCUGUUGAUGCAUCUUCCAUUGAUCUUGGGAGAAAAAUCAAUGCUUUAUUUCUGAUCCAUCGUCUCAAGUUCCUGCUUAAUAAGCUUUCCAUUGUAAAUCUAGAUGGUCUUAGCCACCAGCAGAAGCUUGCGUUCUGGAUAAAUACCUACAAUUCAUGUGUGAUGAAUGCUUUCUUGGAGCAUGGGAUCCCUGAGACCCCUGAGAUGGUUGUAGCCCUUAUGCAAAAGGCAACAAUAGUUGUAGGAGGACACUCACUUAAUGCUAUCACAAUAGAACACUUUAUCUUGAGACUUCCAUAUCACUUAAAAUUUAAGAAGACUUGUCCCAAAACUGCAACACAUGAAGAUUUGAGAGCUCAUAGCACAUUUGGAUUGGAAUGGUCAGAGCCUUUGGUCACUUUUGCUCUGGCCUGUGGAAGCUGGUCCUCUCCUGCUGUAAGGGUUUAUACAGCAGCUAAUGUAGAGGAAGAGCUAGAAGCUGCAAAGAGAGAUUAUCUUCAAGCAUCUGUUGGGAUCUCAAAGAAGAACAAACUAAUGAUUCCAAAGGUAUUAGACUGGUAUAUGCUAGAUUUUGCAAAGGAUGUUGAAUCGUUGCUAGAUUGGGUUUGCCUUCAGUUGCGUGGUAAACUCAGAGAAGAAGCUCUUAAGUGUAUGGAGAGAAAGAACAAAGAGUCACUCAUGGAGUUGGUUCAAGUAGUACCAUAUGACUUCAGUUUCAGGUUGCUAUUGCAUCAAUGAGAAAAGGUUUGGUGAUUUGUGAUGGAACCAAGGUUUCAACAAUGUUGAACACUGUAUAGAAUUGGGUUGGGGAGUGUAAAGUAGAGCAAAAGUUAAAAAUUGUUAUUGGUUGGCUGAGACCUGAGAGGAUAUAUAUAGUCAUAUGUUUGUGCUCUUUACAAUAAACAAUAGAGAGAUAGCAAUUUAUUCAAUUGAUUUUAUCUACAA